AUGCUUUCUUUUAGGACCCAGGGCUAUAAUGGGUACGGCAUACAGUAUUCACCAUACUUUGAUAACAAACUUGCCGUGGCGACUGCGGCCAAUUAUGGCCUUGUUGGAAAUGGGAAACUUUUUAUUCUCGACAUUGAGCCACUGGGGCGUGUUCGAGAGCAAAUGUCAUGGGAGACACAGGAUGGGCUAUUUGACUUGGCUUGGAGUGAAAUCCAUGAAAACCAAUGUGUGGUUGCGAGUGGAGAUGGUCUGAUUAAAUUGUUUGACACCACAGUGGCACAGUUUCCUAUUAUGCAAUGGCGGGAGCAUCAACGAGAAGUAUUUCUGGUCAAUUGGAAUUUGGUCGACAAGACAAACUUUGUUACUGGUUCCUGGGAUGGGACCAUCAAGAUUUGGUCACAUCAGAGGCAAGAGUCAAUGCUCACCUUGGACCCUCUGUCUCAUGACUUCACCACCAAAACAGCACCAAUACAUGCUACUGCUAGAGGAAAUAUAAGCACUGUUCCACUUCUGCAUCAUCCUAACCAUCAGAAACAGCCGUCGGAUACUUCACACUGCAUUUACUCUGCACAAUUCUCACCUCAUUCGCCUAGUAUGCUAAUAUCAUGCAAUGGCUCAUCGCAAGUGCACAUUUGGGAUAUUCGUACACCACACCCAUUACAACUUUCAUUUAUUUCUCAUAAUGGAAUGGAGACGCUUAGUGUUGACUGGAACAAGUACAAGUCAACUGUUGUGGCUUCUGCUGGAACAGACAAGAGUGUACGUAUAUGGGAUCUUCGUAUGAUUAGUAAUAUCGAUCAACCAUCGGCACAAUCACCCAUGCCGGCAUCACACCAUCGAGGUCCGACCCCAUUGAACGAAUUUAUCGGUCACGAAUUUGCAGUUCGCAGAGUCCAAUGGUCACCACACGAUAGCCGUGAGUUGAUGAGUACAUCAUAUGAUAUGACUGCUAGAAUAUGGAGAGACGAAAGUGACGAAAGGGCAAGAUUUUUGAAUACAAAAGUAGGUGGCGCUAGAGGUAUAAUGGGAAGACAUAGAGAGUUUGUUAUUGGAUGCGAUUAUAGUUUAUGGGGUGAGCCAGGAUGGUGUGCUACUACCGGAUGGGAUGAGAUGGUUUACAUAUGGGAUUCAAAGCGUCUUUAG